AUGAAUGACUAGGAUUCUGGUUAGCACUUUCCAUAGUCUCAUCAGGCUCAAAAUCAAAUAGAAAUCGCCAAUAGAACAUAUAGCGAAAUCCGUAUGGAGCAGAUUGUUGACGAUUCUGACUACUUGUAUCAAUCCAUGAUCGAUGAUGACCAAUACUCUAGGGUCAAGGUCAUUCCUACUAUAGCUAAUGAAACCAUCAUCUACCGAAAUACUAUUGAUAUGAAGAGAUAACAACCUAACAUAUUUUAAAGAUGCUUUGGAGGAAAGAGAUCUUCGAAUAAAGUUACUAUGGCCUAGAUCAUUGAUCUUCGAUAAAAGGAGUUAUUUAAUGAUUAUGUAUACGAGACUCAAAAGGAUGGGUUCCUUAAGCAUGUCUAAAAGUACAUUCAUAAAAUCAAAGUUCUUGAACCAGACUCAUAAUUUUACAUCUUUUGGUAGGUCCUAAAUAGUGCUAUGGUUAUGAUAUUUUUCUUUUAAAUACCUUUUGUUUUUGCGUAUUAACCUCUUAUAAAAGAGAAACAAUCAGAGGACUAUUUGAAUUUCGAAAUGUAUGUAUUAAAUUUAGCAAUUGCAAUAUUUAUAGUUGACAUUGCUCUCUCUUUCAAUAUUGCCUUUUACAAAUAAGGAUAUUUGGUGAGUGGGAGGAAACAAAUAGCUUUAAACUAUUUAAAAACUUAUCUCUUCUUAGAUCUGAUCCCUUUAUUUUGUCUAAUUGAAUAUCGGAUAUUUCUUCUUUCUGACACACAAUUCGGGAUCGAGAUAUUCUGCUUUCUUUUUAAAAUUUACGAAGUCUUCAAAACUAGCAAUAUGAUAGAAGAAUACUUGCAAUUAGAACCUUCAAGAUUGUCAAAGUAUAGAUUUCUAAUGGUUAUGCUUACUAUCAUUUGGCUAUGUCAUUUAUUUGCAUGUGUAUUCUUUUUUAUUGGAAGAAGGGAACUUAGUAAAGAAGACGAUAGUGUUUCUUGGUUAAGUGAAAGUGAUUUGAUAAAAAUGCAUGGUGGAUAUACUAAUUUAAAAAAACAUAUCUUUGAAUUGCAUUUAUACUCCUUUUAUUGGGCUGUCACUACUAUGAUUUCAGUUGGGUAUGGAGAUGUGACUCCUAAAAAUGCGUGGGAAGUUGUUGUUACUGUAGUGACAUAAUUUAUAUCUUGUAUUGUGUUUGCAUAUUCUGUUAAUGCAAUUUGGGAGAUGAUUAAUUUAUAGAAUGAAAAUAAACAGAAAUUUCAAAAGUAUGUUAAUGCAAUUGAAAGAUUUAUGCGAGAACAUAAUGUGGACAGGCAAUUAAAAGCCAGAAUAGCAGCCUACUUAUACCAUCUUUGGGAAUCUGAAAAAGCAAGGGAUCACGAACUAGAAUAGGCCAUGAUCCUAAAACUAGCUCCUGCUCUUAGAGAAGAAUUAAUUUAUUAAACCCUAGGCAAGAUGCUCAAUCACAAUAAAUUCUUCAGUUCCUUCCAAUAAGAUCUCUUAAUAGAGAUGGCAUAAGAUAUUUAAUAGUAAUACUAUUCUUAAGAAGAAGUGAUAUUCUAAGAAAGGGAAGAAAUAGAUGACUUUCCAGUCUUCUUCUUAACUAAGGGCUCUGUAGAAAUAUACUUGGAUAGUGAGAAACGAAUCAAAUUGCACAUUAUGAAAUCAGGCAUCUUUGGAAUUGUUGCUUUUAUCACUGGCCAUAAGAGAACAGCUUCAGCCCGUUGCUUAACUUACUCAGUUAUAUACAAACUCUCUAGAACUUAAUUUUUAAAUAGACUAGAGAAAUAUUCUAAGGAGAAAUAAAAAUUCUUUGAGAUCAGACAUUAAGUUCUCUUCAAUAAGAACUAAGUAGAUUUAAAGUGUUACAUUUGUGAAAGCAAAAAGCAUUUAAUUACCAAUUGCAGAAAGACUCUCUACAUACCUGAGAAAGUGUCUAUUAUAUUUGAAACAUACAAUAUUAAGAAUCCCAGAAACCCAGCCUAUUAAAGAAGAGUAGUCAAACAAUAGUUUAAAGCUCUGUCUCACAUAAGGGAAGUGUAAGUUAAUGCAGUUGCCAUGAAGAAGUACUUCCAAAAUAUCACAUUCACCCAAAAUUCAAGUGAUGAAGAUAUAGAGUAUAGUUCAGAUGUGGAUGAUUAUGAAGAGGAGAUGGAGGACAUUAAGAAGAUAGUUGAGUAGGAGAAGGUAAAUGCAUAAUUAAGAAGGAGAGGACAAUGGAUAGUUGAUGACGAUUAUGAGAUGAAGAUUGAUGAAGGUUAGGAUAAUCAGAGUUUAGAGUAGUUAUCAGAUGGAUUCAGAAAGUCUUAGCAUUUAAUUAAGCAUUCUGAUGAGGAAAUCAAAAAGUAAUCUAAUAAUAAUAAAAAACAGAAAUUCCAAAAUCUAGUAAGAUUAUAAAAACUUAGGAAUGUUAGAACUUAUUCCAUGUCCAGUUUGUCUCCAAUUUAAGAAUAAGUGAAGAAGCCCUCUCUCGUUAAAAAAGAGAAGACUCCAUUAAUGGCAAAUAAUGUUGUAGCGUAAAGGAAGAAGAGUAAAUUAAUAUUGUAAAAUGAAAUCCAAGUAUGCGAUAAGUCUUAAUAACUUCAAUAAUCCAAUGAGAAGUUGGAUAAAGUAUAAUCACCUGAUAGACAUGUGUAUAAUGAAUCUAAAAAGAGUGAACUCAUAAGAAAGAUGAAAUUUCUUUCUAUUGCUUAGCCUAAGAAUAAAGAAAUUUAAUCGAUUUUAGAUGAACUUAAAACUUAUAUAUAAAAUAGUUAGAAUUUAUAAGGUAGUGUUGCAAAAGAGACUGGAUCUUCUUUGAGGACUGAGAAGGUUGAUAAUAAUAUUUAAUAAGUUGAAACUCAUUCUGAUGUUGAUAGUCAAUUUAGCAUAGAUCAAAUGGCUAAUUUUGAUGCUUUUUUUGAAGAGGAGAAUCCUGAAAAAGUAAUAAAGAAGUUCAAAAAGCAAGCAAAAGAAAAACAGAAAUAAAGAAGAACUACCAUGAUGAGACAAUUUGUUUGA